AUCAGCGAUGCAGCGAGUAUCAAACGACUUAGCUGGAUCACAUUUAUUUUUCUGCCAUUGAUGUUUGUCUCAAGUCUUUUCGGUAUGAAUGUGAAUUUAUUAGACGAUAACCCAGACUGGCGAUGGUAUCUGGUACUGGGAGGGGCAUCGCUACUUUUUACUGUCAUUAUGUGGGCUCUUUUCAAGUUUGUGCCUAUCGAGAGCUGGCUUGAAGCAAAGUGGCUCUCAAUCAGAAGACCACGUAAUGCACAUGUUGGCUCAAAGGUAUAACUGACUGUUUAUUGUGCGUUAAUCUCCGGCAUAUCAGUCAGCUUGAUGUAUCGAUAUCAUCUCAACGCGACAUUUACCAAGUAGACCAAAAGAGAAAUCUCUCCUGUGGUUACUGGUAUCGCU